AGUUGCCGUUCUCCCAAGUCCCAACCGUAUUUAACUCCAGUUUUUUCAACGCCGAUCCCACCGUCUCUCAGCGCUACUUCUUCUAUCUGUCCACCAUUGGCGCCGCCUCCUGUUUACAGUGCCACCAAGUAUAAGACAUCGAACCUCCAUAGCUUCUCCACUUUCACUUACUCUCUCUCCUUUUCCUCUGCUUUCCAGUUACACACAGUAACUUCCUCUGUAAAUGCUAUUUUCUUAUUUCUGGUUUCUGGCAACACGGCUACAGCCCAACUGUCGCCGCCGUUAGCUUCUCUAUAAUCCAAAGGAUGGGAAUGCAAGCAACUUCACUUCCUGGAACCUUCACCUCCUUCCAAUCAUGCUUGAACUAUCAAUCUCAAUUCGCCUUAUUGAAUUUCCCUUCUGUCAGUUUAGUUCAAGCAAAAACAAUGUCAUGGAGAUACAAAUUGAUAUUUUUUCACACAACACAAAAGACCCUAAUCCUCAAAGCUCGCUCAAUCCACCACGUUUCUUCAUCAUCAACGGUAUGUUCUAACCAUUUUUUUCCUCGAGAAAAUCAUAAAGUCGCUCUGUCACCUCAGAUUGUGCACUCUACCUUACUGAAUUGCCGCUCUGAUUUGAUUGCUUUGAGCUUUUUUAUCUGGUGUGCUAAGCAACAUAAUUACUUCCAUACUAGCCAAACAUUUGAUUUCAUGGUUAGUGUGGUUUCUCGUUUAACUAACCGUUACAAGACUGUUGAAACAAUUCUUAGAGAAUUAGAGAGCGUUGGUUUAAUUAUAAAGGCCCAAACUUUCUUGCUUCUGUUGAGGAUUUAUUGGCGUGGAGGAAUGUUUUCUAUGGUUUUUGAAACUUUUGAGAAAAUGGGUAGUUUUGGAUUUAAACCGAAUACAUUUGCUCGUAAUGUAAUAAUGGAUGUUUUGUUCAAGAGUGGGCAUGUGGAUGCAGGAAUUAAGGCUUUGAAAGAGACAGAGUUUCCUAAUUUCUUGAGUUUCAAUAUUACAUUGACUAAUUUAUGCAAGUUGAAUCAUUUGGUUAAUAUUAAACAUGUCCUGCGGAGUAUGUUGAGGGAAGGGUAUUAUCCUAACGUUGAGACAUUUGAAAUGGUUUUAAAUUGUUUUUGCAAAGUGGGUAGGGUGGUGGAGGCAUAUCAAGUGUUGGGUGUAAUGAUAACUCUGGGAAUUUCUUUGUCUGUGCGUGCCUGGAGUAUACUUAUUGAUGGUUUGUGUAGAUUGCAUCAACCUGAUAUUGGGUCUUAUUUGUUGGAGAAGAUGGUUAUUUGUGGCUGUUCUCCUAAUAUUGUAACUUAUACGACUCUAUUCAAGGGAUUUAUGGAAUCCAGAAUGAUUCCUAGUGCAUUUGGUGUUUUAAAUACCAUUGAAUCUAAAGGUUAUGCACCUGACUUGCUUCUUUGUAAUGUUCUGAUAGAUAGUUUUUCUAAGAUUGGGAGGUAUGAUGAUGCUCUAUAUCUAUUUCGGGGUUUGUCAAAAUGGAAUCUGGUACCUGAUUCUUAUACUUUCAGUUCUUUGUUGUCAAACAUAUGCUUUUCCAGGCGGUUUAAUCUUUUACCUAAGCUGGUUAGUGAAAUGGUCAUAGAAGUAGAUAUGGUGGUUUGCAACUCACUUUUAAAUUACUUCUGUAAAGCUGGGUUUCCUAAUCUUGCUGUGGAUUUGUAUAAUGAUAUGAUAGAUAAGGGCUUUAUACCUGAUAACUAUAGCUUUGUUGGAUUACUUAGAGGUCUAUGUGGAAUAAGAAGAUUGGAUGACGCAGUCAAUGUAUACCUUGGGAUAGUCAUGAAUAAUAACGGCCUUGAUGCUCAUGUCCACACGGUAAUGAUGGAUGGGCUUAUGAAAGUUGGUAAAUAUCAUACAGCCGUAAAAUUGUUUAGAAGAGCUAUUAUAGAGAAGUAUACACUAGAUUCUGUAUCCUACACAGUUGCCAUCAGAGGGCUUCUCAAUAGUGGAAGAACUGCAGAAGCUUCUGCUUUGUACAAUCAGAUGAAGGAGGUUGGUUUAUCUCCUAAUGCACGUAUAUAUAAAGUAAUGCUCCAUGGUUUUUGUGAAAAAAGAGACACUAAAAUGGUCAAAUUGUUGCUACAAGAAGUUAUUGAGGCAGGGGUUCAGCUGGAACGCAAAACAUUCCUGAGGGCGAUGCAUGUGUUGUCGUUUGAUGGACUUUCCCAUAAUGUAAAAUUUGCUGAUGCAUCUCAUUCAUCAGUGGAAGUUUAUUUGGAGCAUAAUCAGUUCCUUGACCCGUCUAGUUCUGAUGAUCUCCCUAGUGUGGCUGCUUCAAUGGGUUGAGUUAUAAUAGUUAGGAAUUCCUUUUAUAAGAAAACGGACAAUGGAUCUUCCAAUAUUUGGGGCUUAGCAUGCCAUCAGACAUCAGGCAUUGUAGAGAUGGGAUAGUGGAGGAAGGCAAGAGAUGGUUAUGGUCUACAAUAGAUAUCACUGGGGAGAGUUUGGCCGUUAGUGCAUUUAUUGCUCAAGUUCAUGGCGCUUGGGACAUGAAUGGGUUGCUUAAUGGCUAUUAUCUGCUCAAGCUCUUUGCAUUUGACAGUGAUGAAGGGCAUGGCACCUUUUGGCGUUCCAGUCCCAGGCUUUCCUGGUAAGGAUAGUUUGACCUGGGAGACACAUGGGCAUGUAACCUGUAGGAAACUACUUAUGAUCAUCACAUGGGUUUGCUCGGCUUAAAGACUUUCUCUCUGUAUUUGCAACUUUUGUUUCUUUGAUCCUUGUAUUUGAUGUUGUAGGUUAAUUUUAUCUGUAAUCACUUGAGACAUUAUUUUACCUUUGUCUCUCUAGCACAGAUUGUCAAUGCUACAUCCAACACCACGCCAAGUCUUCUACAAUUAUCUUUACCAAGGUUCCUCAGCUGGGACUUUUUCUUUGAACAGAAGGAUUAUACUCCAUAUUGAUGUAUUGGGGUAUUAAGUACUGAUUUUAUGUGAGCUGAGAGCAUAAAUAUUGCGUGUACCAAAGAAAGAAGCUAGAGGAAAAAUAGAGCUGACUAAGCAAAGAGAGAUGACAAAGAAAAAAGGAACUGGAGACAAAUGACGGUUGCUUCACAAGCCAUUCAUACUACUGUUGAAAUCAUCAAAGUUCAGAGAAACAGAACUCCACCCUCAACUACUUGACCUUACAAAAGGGUUAUUUUCAUGUACUUUUAACUGAGCAUUACACCCAUGAGUCAGUGGUAAGUCACCAGUAACGCUUUUUAUUUCAUUUUGCAAUCGUAGGGAAAGUCUAAAUGUUACUUGUAGUUACUCUCCUUGCAAGAGUAUCCAUUUGAUGAUUUGCUGUUUGAUUAAUGGAGGUUGAUAGAUUUUUACAUGUUGUAUAAGAAUUUGGUCUUGCUUAGAGUUGCAUCUGUUUAUUUGGACUCGAGUCUAAGUUCAAGUUGGUUUUGAAGUCA